AUGAGUAGAUAUAAACACAGUUCCCUUGAGAAUGUACACUUAACGACAGACUGGAACAACAAGGUUGAGGAGAAUGAAGGGCAAAGGUAUCUGGGGACUCCUUUUCCAGAGAACGAUGAUGAAUGUAAUAAAUACGGGGAAGUCUUUUAUCAAAGCGCCAACCUUAUCCACACAGGAGUCUCUAUCCCUAAGAGAGAGAGUCUUUAUAAAUAUAUUGAAUGUGGGAAAAUUCUUAACCAGUCUUCCAAUGUUGGUGGUCAUCAGAGGAUUCAUGAGGGAAGAAACCAUUGCAGAUGUAAUCAACCUGGGAGCAUGUUUAGUCAUUCAUCAAGAUUCAGUACAGGUCAGACAACUGGUACAGGAGAGGAAAGUUAUAUAGGUAACGUAUGUGGCAAAGCCUUUGACCACCAGCAACUGCAUACUGGACAGAAACCUUACGAAUGUGAAGAGUGUGGCAAGAGCUUUAAAUUGUGCCCAACCCUUACUCAACAUAAGUUAACUCAUAUUGGAGAGAAACCUUACCAAUGUAAAGAAUGUGGCAAUGUCUUUAACCAGUUCUCAACCCUUACAGGGUAUCAAAGAAUUCAUACUGGAGAGAAAACGUACCAAGAUAAAGAAGAUGGCAAGUCCUUUACCCGGCCCUCAUCUCUUACAAGACAUCAAAGAAUUCAUACUGCAGAGACACCUUCCAAAGGUAAACGAUGUCGUAAGACCUUUAGGCAUCAUUCACAACUUUCUGAACAUCACAGGAUUCAUACUGAGGAGAAACCUUAUCAAUGCAAAGAGUGUGGCAAGGCCUUUAACUGGCGCACAGCCCUUAGGAGACAUCACAGAAUCCAUACUGGAGAGAAAUCUUACCAAUGUAACGAAUGUGGCAAGGUCUUUGGGUACCUCUCAACCUUUACACAACAUCGCAAAAUUCAUACUGGAGUGAACCCUUACAAAUGUAACAAAUGUGGCAAGGCCUUUUCCCACCAGGCACAUCUUAAUGUACAUCACAGAAUCCAUAUUGGAGAGAAACCUUACCAAUGUAAACAAUGUGGCAAGGCCUUUCGGUACUUGUCAAACUGUAUAAAACAUCGCAGAAUUCAUACCAGAGUGAAACCUUAUAAAUGUAAAGAAUGUGGUAAAGCUUUUAACUGGCACUCAGCCCUCAAGACACAUCACAGAAUUCAUAGUGGAGGGAAACCUUACCAAUGUAAACAAUGUGGCAAGGCCUUUACCCGGCCCUCAGCCCUUACAAAGCAUUACAGAAUUCAUACUGGAGAGAAACCUUACCAAUGUAAAGAAUGUGAUGAAGGCUUUUACUGGCACCCAGCCCUUAAGUUACAUCAGAGAAUCCACAGUGGAGAGAAACCUUACCAAUGCAAAGAAUGCGGCAAGGCCUUUUCCCGGGCCUCAGUCCUUAGAGAACAUCACAGAAUUCAUACUGGACAGAAACCUUACCAAUGUAAAGAAUGUGGUAAAGCCUUUAACCGGCUCUCAGCCCUUAAGACGCAUCGCAGAAUUCAUACUGGAGUGAAACCUUACCAGUGUAAAGAAUGUGGCAAGGCCUUUUUCCGCCAGGAACAUCUUGAUGUACAUCACAGAGUCCAUACUGGACAGAAACCUUACCAAUGUAAAGAAUGUGGCAAGGCUUUUGGGUUCAUCUCAAACUUUAUACAACAUCGCAGAAUUCAUACUGGAGUGAAACCUUACAAAUGUAAAGAAUGUGGCAAGGCCUUUUCCCGCCAGGCAUAUCUUAAUGUACAUCACAACAUCCAUGUUAGAGAGAAACCUUACCAAUGUAAAGAGUGUGGCAAGGCCUUUAAAGGGCACUCAGAACAUACUCGCCAUCAGAAAAUUCACAGUGGAGAGAAACCUUACCAAUGUAAAGAAUGUGGCAAGGCCUUUAACAAGCAAUCAUCCCUGAGACAACAUGAAGGAAUUCAUACUGGACAGAAACCUUACCAAUGUAAAGAAUGUGGCAAAGCUUUUAACUGGCAAUCGGCCCUUAAGAGACAUCACAGAAUUCAUAGUGGAGAGAAACCUUACCAGUGUAAAGAAUGUGGCAAGGCCUUUUCCCGCCAGGAACAUCUUGAUAUGCAUCACAGAGUCCAUACCGGACAGAAACCUUACCAAUGUAAAGAAUGUGGCAAGGCCUUUUCCCGCCAGGCACAUCUUAGUGUACAUCACAGAAUUCAUACUGGAGAGAAACAUUACCAAUGUAAAGAGUGUGGCAAGGCCUUUAAAGGGCACUCAGAACUUACUCGACAUCACAAAAUUCACAGUGGAGAGAAACCUUACCAAUGUAAAGAAUGUGGCAAAGCCUUUAACUGUCAAUCGGCCCUUAAGAGACAUCACAGAAUUCACAGUGGAGAGAAACCUUACAAAUGCAAAGAAUGUGGCAAGGCCUUUACGCACCACUCAAGCCUUACCAACCAUCACAAAAUUCAUACUGGAGAUUGA